AUGGCUCUGCCAACUCCAGUGUUGAUUGAAGACUCGGACCUCACAAGCUGGGAAUGGAUCGGCUUCGGGGGGUUUGGAGAAAUCUACAAAGCCAAGCAUCCGCUGUGGGACUACGAAGUGGCCAUUAAGCUGCUUCAUAAUGAUGGCGGAGACAGGACCAGUUGUUUGCUGCGGGAGGUCAGAAUGAUGCUUCGAGGAAGCAGCAAGCAUGUUAUGCAGGUCCUUGGCGUCUUCAUUGGUCGAUCACCGAAAUCUGGACCAUCAGAACAGCUGGGUCUGGUCAUGAAGUACAUGGAGAAAGGAUCUCUGGAAUCCCUACAGAAACAUUUAGACGGAGUUCAACAGUUACCGCUGGUCUUCAGGCUGGCUCACCAGGUGGCUCUGGGGAUAAACUUCCUCCACAGCCUCCCCACUCCCCUCCUCCACCAUGACCUGAAGCCCAGCAACGUGCUGCUGGACUCGGAUCUCAAUGUCAAGCUCACAGAUUUUGGCCUUUCUAAGGCUAGUCAGACUCAGGCUCAGGUUUCCAAGAAGGAUUUAGAAGACGAGGGAGGGACGACCAACUACAUGCCACCGGAGGCUUUUGGAUUAAAUUACAAACCUUCAAGAGCCUUUGAUAUCUACAGCUAUGGUAUCCUGCUGUGGUCCAUCGCCACAGGGAAACAACCGUAUGCACAUGCACCCCCCAGCGUUGUGGUGGUCCUGAUCCCCAAGGGACACCGACCAUCGUUGGACGAGCUCAGCAAACAGGCGGAGCUGAGUGGACUGAUGGAGCUCAUGGAAAAAUGUUGGGAGACCAGUCCCACCCAAAGACCCUCAUCCUCUGAUUGUACAAAGAUCACAGAGAAACUGUAUCAGACGCACGAACAUGGAAUUAAUGAGGCUGUCCAUGAAGUGCUGAAGAAACUGAGAAAUACUAGAGACCCUCCCGAACUCAGUCUCCCAGGAUGCCGCAUGUCCUUUGUUCCGGAGCACUUCACACAGAGGCUGGCUCACCAGGUGGCUCUUGGGAUAAACUUCCUCCACAGCCUCCCCACUCCCCUCCUCCACCAUGACCUGAAGCCCAACAACGUGCUGCUGGACUCGGAUAUCAAUGUCAAGCUCACAGAUUUUGGCCUUUCUAAGCCUAGUCAGACUUGGGCUCAGUUUUCCAAGAAGGAUAAAGGAGACGGGGGAGGGACGAUCAUCUUCAUGCCACCGGAGGCUUUUGGCCUAAACUACAAACCUUCACGAACCUAUGAUAUCUACAGCUUUGGUAUCCUGCUGUGGUCCAUCGCCACAGGGGAACAACCGUAUGCACCCUACUGCAUAGAACUAGAGGCCCAUGCAUGA